AAAUUUUAAUAAAUUCUGCUCCCUAAAAGGCAGAAUGAUAUUUCCCAGAGAAGGCACAUUGCUCUGUCAAUUUUCCUUACCUUAUUUCAUUAUUCCUCUUUAAAGCCAGCUUUAAACUUUUCUUUUUCAUCUAUCUUCCUCCUCUUUUUACUUAGACUGCUGCAUUUUAUUCUUCUUAUAGAAGCAAGCGCUCCAAGGAAUGAGUUCAGACAUGAAAUACUGGGACUCGUUUGGAUUCUUGUUCAUUGUUCUGAAUUAUAAUGUGACAGUUAUGGGAAAGAUUUGGUUAAUGCUCAUGAUCCUGCUGAGACUGACCGUGAUAUUGUUUGGGGUCUACCCUCUCUAUGAAGAUGAAUUGGCAGCUUUCAUCUGCAAUUCUCAACAGCCAGGAUGCACAAACGCAUGCUAUGAUGCUUUUAUUGGAGUAUCACCAGCUCGGUUCUGGUUGAUUGAGUUGUUGUCUCUCCUCUUCCCUUUUGCUGUGUUUGCUAUCUAUAUCUUGCACAUUGUGGUCAAGCAAGUUGUGGAGGUCUAUUCUUUGCCUUGCUCUUAUUGCAAAGAGGCCAAAGUAUCUGCUGACUUCAGAGUUACAGAAGCAGUCUCCAGUGACAGAACAAGGACCAGAAUCACUUGUGGGGCCCAUGAGUUGACAAUUCCUGAUUUUUCACGGGCAUAUAUAAUUCAGCUCCUCCUGAGAAUAAUGAUAGAAGUUGGUUUUGGAAUUAGCAGUUAUCGUUUCUUUGGCUUCUUUGUUGAGAAAUAUUAUAACUGUGUUGUGUACCCUUCCCCAGGUUCAAUAGAGUGUUUUGUCCCCAGAUCAACUGAAAAAUCUGCCAUGAUUAUCUUAUUAUGGAUUGUCAGUGGUUUAUCCUUACUUCUUGGCCUUGUUGACCUAUUCCUGGCUGUAAGAAUUUGUAGAAAUAAGAUGUUGGGCGUCAACAUGGAGGAUAAAUGCAGGACUAGCACAUACCAAAGAGGAGAACCAAGCAGAGAUUUGUCCAACCUUGGGAAUGCUGAUGUCACUGAGAAUUGUGGCAAUGUUCCCAUGGAAAGCUAUCAAAAGGAAUGGCACCCUGCAAAAGAUCAUGCUCUGUAAAAGCAGCCCUAAAUCUGUAUUUAGUUAGGAUAAAACCAUACAUGUGUUAUCCUUCCACUUAUGAAAUCACAUAGGGUUUUUUUGCACCAGUUAACACUUGUAUAUAAUAUUUGGAAAGGCUCACUCUACGUGAAAAAAAAGGAAGCUGGGUAACCAUAAUCAUUUCUUCUCUUAGACCAGUGUUUCUCAACCUUGGCAACUUGAAGAUGUGUGGACUUCAAUUCCCAGAAUUCCCCAGCCAGCAUGCUGGCUGGGGAAUUCUAGAAGUUGAAGUCUACACAUCUUUAAGUUACUAAGACUGAGAAACACUGUCUUAGAUGAUUGGAGAUUGAAGGCUGAUCACGGGAGCCAGCUUCAUGGACACACAUGUCAUUAUCCUUCCCCUUCAGAUGCUCUGUUUGAGAAGAUUCACCUAUCCAGCAGAGGCACCUGGUAUAUGGAAAAGCUCACAAGUGCGGAGAGGUGAAUAACGCAAGUCUUGUCUUCCCUUAUGUGAUUAAAAGGAAAGUUGAAGAGGGGAGCCAAGUCUGCAUGUAUCACACUUAGCCUGUGAUUUAGGACUCCAAUCUUCAAACAAUUCCAAAGAAGUCAGCAAUUCAGGGGGAAUGUAACAAGGACACAACAGAUGACUUAAGUCUUUUGACAUUACAGACAUCUAUUUCUGGGGAGAAUUGAACCUUCUUGGAAUAGUUUUGUGCAUGUUCGGGUUAGUAAAAAGAGGUUUCUAGGCACCAUGAUUUGCAAACACCAGUUGAAAACUGAUUAUAAUAUUGUUGAUUGUGGAGAACUGAUUGUAAGUGCUUAAAUUGGUAAGCUUUGAGUGA